AUGGAUGAUACAUUUAACAUUCUUGAAAGAGUUAAUAUUUUAUUGAUAGGAUUUCUUGCUUUUUUGAGUUGCGAAUUUUCCUUUUCAAAUGUGGGUUAUUUCUUGCUUUUCUUGGGUAUCUAUGUAUACGUUCCUAAACACUCAGACAAUUCAGAUGCUAAACAAGUGAAAAACGAUAAGAAUUCACAUCUUAAAGAAGAGAAAACCGAUGAGAAUUCAGGUGUUGGAAAAGAGAAAAAAAAGGAUGAAAAUGGUCAAAAUAACCCUAACCCAAUCGCACCCACUUGA